GGGAAUUCGCCAUUAACGCUAAAAUUGCUGCUUGUCAACGGUUAUUUUCAUUCGUAGUUUUUCUUUGAAUUACAUGGUAUAUUCGGCCCGAAUCUUCGGCGCAGUGUGCCCGACGUCUUCUUCAAACCCAUUUCUCUCUAUUUAGUGUUAUAACAGGAGAACUUUCAUUCACGAAAUGGACGAAAUUGAUAGAUUCAAGGAAAACAUCCAACCACUCCGGCAAGGGCGCAUUACGAAUCAACUAUGCGAAGCACUCUCAGAAUGCAAGCAGCAAAAGCAUUUGGCACAGAUGCAACAAUUCGAGAUGAACCUCCGUUCUUACGAGGGAGACGAUCCUUUACAACCGUGGUUUGACUACAUUUCCUGGAUGGAACAAACAUCAACAGGUCGCGGCAAACAGUUCAGAGAAAUUCUCAAACAAUGCCUGAAGACAUUCAGUGGAGUUGCUCAGUACCACAACGACUCUAGGUUUAUCGACUUGUGGCUCAAAUUUUUGAGUGUUCAGCCAAACAGAUUGGAAUUAUACGAAACUGUCCUUGGCCAUGGAAUCGCGCACAAAUCAGCCAAUUUUUACAUCAGAUGGGCGGCAGAUCUUGAAUCAGCAGGUGAUCUCAAAGGCGCUAAUAAAAUCUUCCAGCGAGCCUUGGAUGCAAUGGUGGAACCUCAAGAUGUUCUCGAACAGGCCAUGCAAAGAUUUCACUGCAGAGCCGCAAAAGUGCAGCCCGAAGAGCAACAAGAAGUGGACGGACCACAAAGAGCCAUCUUUGGCCGUCUGGAAGCACGAUCUGAUGGGCGCGUGGCUGCGGAACGAGCUCAGGCUCGACCACUGGGAUCAAAUAGACCCUUUGAAAAACAGGCUAUCAAAGAAAUGGCUGCCUUUCCAGUGUUCAAUGGUAGCGAAAAUGAAAAGCCCAGACGGCAGUUGAUGAAGGAGCUGCCUGAUGAAAGAGGAAGAAUUGAAAAUGAGGUGGCACCAAGCAGGUGGACUGACGCAGCCAGUGGAAAGGAUGUUCGACCUCUAGUAACCACACCUUUCAAGGUGCUGGAGGAUCCAGCUAGUGCAGUUGCCGCUACUCCCAGAAGCAAUCUAGGAUCAAAACGAGUGCUGCAGGAAGUGAAGCAGAUUAAGCACGAAGCAGAGUGGCCUUUGGCCUAUUUUGAGCCAGCUAAUGACAAGAGCAAGCCCAUGUACUGCAAGGACAAAGUCUACUGUGGUGGCACUGAAUUUAGUUUUGAGGAGCUCCGCGCUGAGUCUUGGCGAAAACGCAAACUGAAUCGCCAAAUUAUCAAAGAUGCAAAGGAUGAUGAGGUCAAGGUGCAGAGGAAAGAGGUUAUUAUGUAUGAGACUGUCCGCGAUGGCCAGGAGUGGAGCUACGAAGAGAUUAGGGCCCAAAAUUACUUGGCCAAGAUAAGGAAGAAUUUUGAAUGCCCAGUUGCAUUGUUUGAGCCGGAAAAUCCCAACCAAGUUAGGAUGUAUGAAAAGCAUAAAGUUUAUGCAGACAACACUGAGUAUAGCCUUGAAGAGUUGCGUGCCAAAGACUGGCUUGCAAGAAGCAGCCAGUCUGGUCUUUUGUGUCAGUCAGCUUUGCUUGGUCAGUCAAUGACUGUACACACCAGAGAGGCGCUUGCUGCUGUCCAGGAUUUAUGGAAGUCGACUAGGGAAUCUCCACCCGCAACUCCCCCAAAGAUGGCUUUUGAAAUUUUCUGUGACGACAAAAAAGACGCUCCUGCCUUUGAGAUCUUCUCCGAUCCUCCCAAACAAGUUCCCUUUGAAAUUUACUCUGAAAAUCAAGAAAAUGAAGUUGGUGUUAAAGAAGGAGUUGGUCCAAAAUGCCAAAGUGCACCAUUUGCGAUAUUUAGCGAUAAUGCAGAGAACGAACCUCAGUAUUUUGGAGGAAGCGACAAAAGACGAGUUCUAGUGCCAAAGAUUGUUGUGGGUGAGGUGGAGCAAGAAGAAGAGGAGGUUGAAUCUGAAGACGAGGAUAAUAAUGACGAUGAAGAGUUUGAACCUAAACCAUUGCCGCCUUUGCCAGAGCUUCCUUUUGUCCCCCCUCCGGAGCACUGGGAGGCCAAUGGACCUGAAGGCAAGGAGAAUUUUGAUCCCUCUGUUGUAAAUGUGCCAAAGAAGAGUCUGCUACUCCCUGAAGGUGGAUUUGAGGACGAGGACACCUGCUUUGUCGUUGGUCCUCUGGGAAAUGGGCCUGUCAACUAUCUAGAAGACAUCACCAUCAAUCUUAUGAAGAAACCACCUCCGUCAGACUCAUCGACCCCGUUCCAUCACCAGCCCCAGUCUCUGAUCAUGCAGCCGCAGGAAACAAGACACACCAUAAUAUUGAGCCCCAUAUUGGAGAUGACUGGUGAAUCCAGAGGAAGCAGGAGUGGCAGUAGCAGCAGUGGUGCCUCAACAGCCAGCAGCAAGGCAUUCAGUCUCUACUUGAAAACACCUGGACAGUCGGUUGCUGGUGAGGCAGAUCACAUCACCGUUCCACCAGUCAAACUUGAGUUGCUCGAGGAAGAACCCGAAGUUUCUCAGAACAAAGAGAACAGUUUGGCUAAUGUGAUUGACGACCCUUGGAGCAAUGAUCUACGUCAGCGCCUGGUGGCUUACCCUGAGGGAGUUAGCUACCUUGAUGGACUCAUGCCUGUAGCCAGAGCUAACCAAGCGUACCGUUUCGGAAAGAAGGCGCUUAAGCUGAAAAAGUGCCUAGGAGAAGGAGCUUAUGGAAAAGUCUACCUCACUAAUGAGCCCUUGGUCUUAAAGAUGCUCCCAAAUGAUACAUCGGGAUGGGAAAUUCACAUGAGCAGAACUUUGAGGAAACGAAUUCCUGCACACUUGAUGGAUCAUUUCUGUGAGAUAUCAAUGGCCUCUAUCUUCUCCAAUGGCACCAUCCUGGAGAUGCCGUUUAAGUCUGAAAUCACUCUCCUGAAUGUGAUCAACUACAGAGUUGGCUCCCUGGCUGAAAUGUCAGAGUUCACUAAGGCGUUUCUGGUUUACGAAGUACUGCUCAUCACUGAUGCUCUAUUGCAAGCUAAAAUAAUUCAUGCUGACAUCAAGCCUGACAACUUUCUUGUGGUGCCCAUGAGGCAUAGCAAAGGUUUCAAAUACCACCUGCAGAUCAUUGAUUUUGGACGAAGCAUUGAUCUAUCACUCUUGCCUUCUGAUGUUCAGUUUUCACCCACUUUGAAGGGAGAUGCUAGAUGUGUGGCAAUGCGCCAACAACGGCCCUGGGGUGUUGAUCUCGACCUUUACUCUGCUGCAGCCACAGCACAUGCAGUACUGUUUGGCAAAUAUUUGACCCUGAUUGAUGUGAAAUCAGUCUGGAAACCAACCUGCAAGCCUAAGAGAUUCUGGCAACUUGCCAGUGUCUACGAGAAAAUGUUUGAGAUUUUGAUUAAUGCGAAAGGAGAUGAUCUGCAAGUAAUCCAGGCGUUUUUGGAACCAAUACUGAAACGGGCCACCGAUGAUGUGGAAGGAGUCAAUAAUGAGCUCAUUGCCGCAUGCCAAUCUCAAGAUUAAUUUUUAACAAAUGUCAUGUCCUGAUUAAUUAUUAAUGUUUUAAAGAGUUUCUACUUAAAGUAAAUUUGUUUUUUAAAUAAAUAAAAUAAAAACAUAAACGCAUCACAAAUCUUAGCUGUAUU